AUGGUUGUCGGGAACCUCUACGCCAUUACGGCUGUUGCCGUUAUUGGUGGUGGUCUAUUUGGUUUCGACAUUUCGUCCAUGUCCGCCAUCAUCACUACUCCUGCCUACAAAUGUUACUUCAACCACGGCCCCGAUGGCCCUCCCUUUAACGAUAGUAAGCAGUGCAGUGGUCUCAGUUCUCUCGAGCAGGGUGGUGUGACUGCCGCCAUGCCCGCUGGUUCGUGGCUCGGUGCUCUGAUUUCUGGUUUUAUCUCGGAUCGUCUUGGUCGCAAAUACGCUAUUAUGACUGGAUGUAUUGUCUGGAUUAUUGGCUCCAUUAUCGUCUGCGCUUCCCAGAACAUGGGUAUGCUGAUCGCCGGACGUGUCAUCAACGGUCUCUCUGUCGGUAUUGAGUCCGCCCAAGUUCCCGUCUAUAUCUCUGAGAUUGCGCCCCCCUCGAAGCGUGGUCGUUUGGUCGGCUCCCAGCAGUGGGCUAUUACCUGGGGUAUUCUGAUCAUGUACUAUAUCUCCUUCGGCUGCUCCUACAUUGGUGGCAUAGACUCCACCAACUACAGCGAGAAAGUCUUCCGCAUCCCCUGGGGUCUGCAGAUGCUUCCCGCCGUCCUGCUCUUCUUCGGUAUGAUGUUUUUGCCUGAGUCCCCCCGCUGGCUCGCUCGCAAGGACCGCUGGGAAGAGUGCCAAGCCGUCCUCACUCUCAUCCACGGAAAGGGUGACCCCAACAGCCCAUUCGUCGUUGCUGAGAUGCAGGAAAUUGGUGAUGUGUGCGAGUUUGAACGCCAGAAUGCCGAUGUUUCGUACCUCGAGCUGUUCCAGCCAAAGAUGAUCAACCGUACCUUCAUCGGUAUAUUCUGCCAGAUCUGGUCUCAGCUUACCGGUAUGAACGUCAUGAUGUACUACAUCAACUACGUGUUCGAAAUGGCAGGCUACGAGGGUAAUGCCGCCCUGUUGGCUUCCUCGAUUCAAUACAUCAUCAAUGUUGUCAUGACCAUACCUGCCUUGAUCUGGGUUGACCGCUGGGGUCGUCGCCCCACUCUCCUUAUUGGUGCUCUGCUUAUGAUGACCUGGAUGUUCGCAAACGCCGGUAUCAUGGCUUCCUACGGUACGGUCGUUCCAGGAGGUAUCAAGGGCGUCGCCGAAGAGUCUAUGAGUCUCAGUGGUGCCCCUGCUACGGGCCUGAUUGCAUGCACUUAUCUCUUCCUAUACCCUCUGCGUGUCCGUGGUAAGGCUGUUGCGCUGGCUACGUCUGCCAACUGGGCUUUCAACACUGCUCUUGGUCUUUUCGUGCCCAUUGCCUUUGCCACCAUCCGCUGGCAGACUUACAUUAUCUUCGGUGUUUUCCUGGUUGUCAUGUUCAUUCACGUCUUCUUCAUGUUCCCUGAGACUGCUGGUAAGACUCUGGAAGAGACCGAGGCCAUUUUCGAGGACCCUCACGGUAUUCCUUACAUUGGUACUCCUGCCUGGAAGACUCACCACGAUACCAAGCGCACCGUCGCUGCUGAGCAGGGCGAUGUCGAGGUUCUCGGUGAUAAGCUUGCCGGUAGCAAGGUUGCUGCUGUGCACAACGAGACCAACGAGACCAAGGCCUAA